UGCUAAGGAGGAGCUAAAAAACAGCUGGAGGUCGAACAAAAGGGGCUGGCUGCAAGCGCUAGUUCGUAACCACCCCUCUCAUCUCCAUAAACACCCCCGCCUUCCUCUUUUAGGCACACAGAGACAGGAGAAGCUGCUCAAUUUUUCUCUUUCUAAAAAUGCUCAAUAUCUCAUCACUUCGUACAGCUUUCAGUCCCAUCUUCUGAAUGGAUUUACGAUGAACGACCCACGUCUGUGUAUCUUAAAGAGGAAUCCUCCACGCAGCCGGCAAAGAGGGGCUGCGAAUGGCUCCAAAAGAAGCCUGGAGCUCUUUCUUCUGACUCUGUCUUUGCUUUCUUCUCUCACUGGUACUGCAAGUUUCAGAGUGCAGAAUCCUCACCAGGAGAGGGAGAGGCUGAAUGGGAUCCUGGGAGGCUCUGUGUUGCUCCCUGUAAGUAUUCCCCCCGAGAAAACACUGAAAAAGAUUGAGUGGGAUUUCCAGGGGAGAAAUGGUUCGGGAAUUCAGCUGGCUGAAUUGAUGGAAGGAAAACUGCAGAGGCUCAAUCCAAGGGACAGGUUUGGUUCAAGAUUGGAGAUGGCCAAUGAGACCACCCUGAGGAUCAAAGACUUGGAAAUGGAUGACAGUGGGAAAUAUUCCAUUAAAGUGAGGUUUAUUUCUGCACAGUAUGAAGAUUACACCUUCCACCUCUCUGUGUAUGAACCAGUCCCAGAACCAAAAAUCCUCUCCCAAAUUGUCUCCAACAGCCCAGAUGGCUGUAACGUGACCCUGCAGUGUCAGGUGGCUGAAAAGGGGGAAAUCAACAUCUCCUGGGAAAGAGGGGACGCCUUGAGAGACUUCGGAGAUGGUUCAAAGUCAUACCACCUCUCUGGCAAUGGCAAAGAUCUCCACUUGUUCUGGAAGCUCAACUCCUCAGAUCCCAACAUCACCUGCCUGGUCACCAAUCCAGCUGAUCAGAAAAGCAUCUCCUUCAACUUGCAGCACAUCUGCCAAACUGAAGGUGGCAAACCAUUCGGACUGCAUUGGAGUGGGAGCUGGAGUUUUCUCAUCAUUUUCUUUAUAAUUUUGCUCCUCUUGGCUGGAUUUGGGAUAAAGACCUGGAAGAAAAGAAGAAAGAUGCCGCCCAACAGAGCUACCUCCAUGAUGCCAACAGAGGAGGCACUUCCUGAGCCUCAGUACUCAGAGGUUGUAAAGAGGAGCCCCCCGGAAGGCAAUGAUGACCAGGUCUGAUAAAAUGGGGAAUUCCAAAUUUUCAAGGCAUUUUUCCAUUACCACGGAGGCCUGGGCUGUUGGAAAUAUCAGGAAUCGCUGCUGUAUUUACUCCACUCCUUGCCAAGUACAUUUUUGCAAUUGGUUAAAGAGCUUGCUUGCUUGCUUUUCCCACCGUCUGUAAAAUCCAGCCCUUUCUCCAUCCCGAAUCAGAGCAUCUUACUCUGUUUUAAAUUUGGUCCAUUUGCCGUCUUGAAUCAAAUACGUAUUUGCAGACAUUCCAAAUUACCUGUUUAUUUAUUUAUUUUAAACAGCUCACUAGGUGUGCUGGGCCAAGAGGAAGUCUGUGCAAAGGCAAUUUCUGGUCCCCCCGCAAGAAAAAGGGAACCAUUAAUGAAUUGUCAGAAAGGCAGACAUAUAGGCACCAUAUGGAGCUUAUAAACCACUUAAGUGUUCCAUUUUUAUAUUAUGUACAAUCAUUAUGUUAGUACUGCAGAUUUCUAGGGAAGAUGCAGGCAUGAAUUAUAUCUGUCUAAUUCCGAUUCCCUUUUGUUUGAGAACAGGGCAAAGCUUCUUUUUUAAAGUAACUUCCCUUUUCUGUUUCUCUUUUUUUAUUUUAUUGACAAUACAUCAUCAGACCUUCUAUCAUAGCAUAUGAUUUAUCAUUAGAAAUGUACUUCGCUAAGAACGAAAGAGAAUUGUUCCUACUUCCUCUGCCAGAGAGGGUCAAUCUGGGGGGAACAGUUUCUGCAACAGAAGUUCAAUUCACAGAGGCAUUUUCCUGGGGACGAUGACAACAAAAACCAAGCGGAUUUGCCCAUGGUGAUAGAGCCUCAUAAAUAGUCCCACACAUAGCAAAAACCACCAUUCUCAUGGUAUUUUUGCAGAUCAAGGCAUCACAAGGCGUGUCUGAGGUCCAGAAGUGCUGACAGCUUGGGGGCCUCUGAAGUUCCAGGGAAACUUUUACUCAGAAAAAGCCCUCAGUCACCUGGCAGUGAUAAGAUCAGCCUCAAAGCCACCAAAUUUCUAAGAACUUCUGAAAGAGCUCUGAGAAUCAGGAAGAAAAAUGGAAACCUCUUUGAUUGGAAGAGGAGAAAACUUUUGAGAAGAGCCUUGCUAAUGGCUGCUUUACCUUCCGAUUCUCUGUUUUUGAAGAGGAAAAAAAGAUUUCUCUUCUUUCAAACAGCUAUCGACUUAAGCCUUGUCAUGAGGACUGUGGACCAUGGGUUUGCUUUUCCAUGCUACUGUUUUUCCUCCUUUUCUCCAUUUUUAAUACACAGACAUCAUAAUGAGUGGCUUCUGUUGCAACCACACCAAAGAGGGAGACACAGCUGGGCUAAGGGGAACCAAAGUUCACAGAAAAGACAGACAGACAGACAGACAGAUACAGUCAUACCUUGGUUGUCAAACGCCCUGGAACCCGGACGUUUUGGAUCCCGAACGCUGCAACCCUGGAAGUUAUUGGAACCUGAACGUCUGACGAUGCUUCCGAUUGGCUGCAGGAACUUCCUGCAGCCAAUCAGAAGCCCCAAUUUGGCUUUCAAACAUUUUGGAAGUCGAACGGACUUCCGGAACAGAUUCCGUUCAACUGUAGAUAGAUGGAUGGAUAGAUAUAGGGGAAAUGGCUGGUUUAGGGGCCUUGGUGUGUUCAUUGGCACAGUAUUCUAGACAAAAGUUGGGAGUUGGAGGCCUCUGAAAUGGACUUGUUGGAAACGAAGGCGGGACUACUUCUGCAACAUAUUGUUCCAAUUCUCACUUUUGUUUAUUAUUUGCUGUUGUCUUGGGAGUUACAUGAGUGUAUUUUGUACUAUAGUUUGUGUUCCCAUUUUUGAAAGGGAGUGUGAUAUAUGUAUUUAUUCUUGCAAAGCUGCCUUAAUGCCAUUGGUCCACCUCUGUAAGUAGCUGUAGGUGGGGUGUGGGGGUGUGGCAAGGAUUAGCCCCUUCAAAUGAACAGGGACCAAUUUAGGUUUGAUGAAGCGCUAAGCCCUUUAUAAUGGGGCCCUUUAUAUGUCCAGCUGUCCUUUGGCAACCACAAAUUGUCGCUGUUCUUUGUGUUGAAUAUAUCCUGCAUGGUAAUUUAUGGACCUAAUAGGUAUCCAAAGCCAUUUGCACGUAACAAAAUAUGUAUUUUGUCAAAGUAAUUGUUGGACUGAAAUGCAAUUAUGAAGAAGUAUAUUAAUAGUGAAAUAAUUAUUAAGCUCUAACUUAAAAUGAUGUAGGUUUUAUUUUAUUAGUUUUUUAUCUUAUAUUUUGGAAAUGUACAUCCAGGGUUUUUUCCCUUUGAAUUUUUUUUGGGAGGCCCAAGAGCCCUAAGCUAUAACUUGUUUAGCUUAUACGUAAAUAUGGCACUGCAAAGGAAGCAAACAUGCAUGUGAGCAACGGGUUCACCAUAGUCACCCACCCUCUGGCCCUACCUACAUCCUCAAUCAAGGUUGUGCUAUUGUGUUAAUGUUGGAGGCGAGUCCAAGAGGAAGUCUUCAGUCCAGCCCGGAUACGGAGGCUGCCAAAGAAGGGAGGAGAGAGAAGCUUUUGGCUUCUGAGUCAAAAUUACUGCCUUUUGCUGUGGGUCUCUCUAACUGCAUCAAAGGGGCAGGCAGUGUGUUGCCCUGCCCUCCAGAUGUUAGGCUCCCCAUCCCAUUAUCCCUGGUGGUUGGUCAAACUGGCUCCUGAGUCUAAUGGGAGGAGUUGCUCCUAUUGUUAUCUGUCGUGAUCCUCUCUCACCCUUCCUCCCAAAGGAGCCCAGGAUGGUAGACAACAACAUAGCAAAAUAAUACAUUUUUUUAUUUAAAAUGAAAAGCAUAUUUAAAGCAUUGGAAUCAUUCAGUAACAUCUGGAGAGAACCACAUGGACACCCCAAGCCAUGCAAAAUACAACCUACCUGAAACAUGAACCAAGUCUUUUGCUCUUUUUAUUUAUGUUUAAAUGUAAUGCUGUUGUACUUUGUAUUGGUUAAUAAACUCAUUUGUUUAAUUA